UAGGCUGCUAGUGACCGGCGGACGGCCCGCCUGGGCAUCCUAUGAGCGUCCGAAACGUUGCCAGUUGUCUAGCUAACUGAAGAAAGUUGGCACACAUUGCAGUGCAUAGCCAGGAACAAUGACAUGUGCUUAGGUAAUUGUGGAUCGAGCAAGGGCAGGAACGCAUGGAAGACGCUGCAAAGCUGAGCGAUGGCUGACGCGUGCCGCUUGCGGCAGGGUGUGGUGUGUAGAGUAUUUGGCCUUUUGCUAUUGGCGCUGAUCAGAUGCGAUGCUGUCGCGCCAGAUGCUGCCCAUGCUGUGGAGCAGAACUCGAGCAGAGGAGUAUCAGGGGAGACUGCUCCUAGGUUUGAAUGGGUUUCAAAGGAGGAGCUAACAGCGCUUGUGAGAGAAGAGGAGUAUGCGCUCUGCGUUGCUCAAGUGCCAUGGUGCGGUCUCUCAAGGAAGUUCACCCGCGACAUCGAGCAGAUGCUCCAGGCGGACCCAGAUCGAUGGCCGGGAUUGCGCCUGUGCAAGAUCAACGGCCACAAAGAGCCCCAGCUGGCAGCCAGCCACGGCCUACACCGGCAGUGGCCCGCUGUGACGGUAUACUUACGCGGCAGGGCCAUAAGCUACCCUUUCAAGCUGGUCGCACGGCCCCUUCUCGAGGCGCUCGAGUCGGUGAUGAAAAUGCGGCGGGAGGAUGUGCCGAUUCGGACAAUCGGUAGCUUUAAAGAAUGGAGGGGGGUGUUGCAGGAAACAGAGGAAGUGAUCGUACUCUACGAUCGGUGCGGGGGGGGAAAAGCGGGGGUGCGCUUGGGGGGGGACGCUGUGCGGUGGCAGAACGGAAGCGUGCUUGGGGGGCAAACGGCUUGCAGCGGCAGCUGUUUGAGGGGAAUCGCUCCUUUCCAGGGGGGCUGCGAGACUGCAGUGAUAAGCUCCAAAAGUAGGACCCUUAAUAGCCAUGCUGGUGCUGUCGUGGAACAUUCUGCACAAAAAAAGAGCGGGUCGGCGAGGUUUCUAGUUGCGGAAAAUGGGGGAGUGAGUGAGGGGACUUCCCAAUGCCUUGCGCCCCAAUCCAGACCCCCUGUCCUAACAGAGACUUGCCCUGUACCAGACGUCCCCUCCAGCCUUAACCACCCAGAGACAGGAGAUCAGCCGCAUUUAGGAGACGCGGAAGGAGGACAAGAAGUAGACGACCCCGGUUAUUGCUCCCAGGCAGAAGCGGUACAAGCGGCGUUGAUCAGAGCCGAGGCGGAAGACCUGGCCUGGCGACUGCUCCUCCUCCCCUCAAAGCUGCUCCUACUGCGUGUGACCGACCCUCAGAUCUUGGAGGCGGCUCUUAGGAAAGAUGUAGUUGAGCGGAGGGAGAGUGUGGAUGUGAGGGGCUUCGGUGGUUGGAUCCGAGAUCUUUUGCGCACGCUCAUUCCUGGCGGGGAGAGUGCUCUCUCUUUGAACGCCGACUUCUCUGGGGGCCGCGGUUUCGAAGAAGGGUCGUGGACAGUGCUGGGCAGGUCUUUGCUGUCCAGGUUCGCACGCUUCUGGAUUCGAGAAGAGAGCUCGGCAGGCUCUCAGGGAACGAUGGGGUCUGGUCGGGGGCGCGCUUUCGACGAACCGAAUGAACGAAACGUAGAAGAUAGGUCACUCUUAUCGGAAGCCAGCCAGUCAAGGGUUGAAGGGCUAGGGAUUUCGAGAAUCUCUAAAUUUCCCUGGUUGGUUCUAGUCCAGACGCAAGGCCGGGGGCCGCCUAGAGGGUUCUACGGGGGCGCAAACCUGACUGCGUUCCUGGAGGGGGUUCCGUUUCCGCUGCUAGAGGAGCUCAAGUACGACGAGAUCGGGGGGGCGUUCCAGUCUAAGCUGCCUGUCGUGUUGCUGUUCGUCGAUAUGUACAGUCGAAGCGAGGGGGUUCGAAAUGCUAGCCGGCGAGCAAUUAGGGAGUUGAGGGCUGUGGGCGAAAGGAUGGAAGGUUUUUCGGUGACUGGUACAGGGUUAGCGGAGGAAGGUUCUCUGUUGGAAGGGUUGGAGAUCGAGGGGCUCGAGGGGUCUGGCGAGAAGACCGCAGACGAAGGUUUGGUUGCGGGUGAAGAAGCGGAGUUUGCGGGUAGGGAAGCUAAGGGGAACGGAGAAGAGUCGAGCGAAGAUGUGCCUUGGGGAGGGGGGGAGACUGGAGGCACAGUUUCUGAUAGAUCGGACAAGGAAGUUGAAUCGAAAGCGGACGAGGUGAACGGGUGCGAAGUGGAGGAAAAGAGUGAAAGCGGAAGUAACAGUAAAGAGGACGGGAAAAGCGCUACUGGCAACGGCAGCGGCGCCGACCGGGGGGCUGGCAACGCAGAGAAGACGUCCGAGAAGCAAGUUGCCGAGUCUGAGUCCACGAAAGCGGACGGGAUCGCACGCAAUUCGGGAGUUGCAAGCUCUGUCAGAAGCCCUGCGGAAAGCAGAGACGAAACAGUGGAGAGUUUGCCGGCGGAGGCGGAGAGUGCGGGGCUGCAAAAGGAGGUAGUUUCGGGGGGCAGCUCUGUGGUGGCACUUGGGGGGGGGGGCGAGCCUGGCUUCGCGAACGCGGCCAGCGGUUUGCAGGGGGGCAACACGCAGGCCUUGUUUGAACAGCUGGCGGCGCGGCUCAAGGGCAUGCCGGCAGGCAGCACGUUCGAGAUCGAAGUCCACGAGGCCCCUCAACAGGGCCUCGCGAAACAGGCUGCGCUUGGGGCGUCGGAGAAGCAGGGGCGAACGGAGGGGGGGAAAACGGGGAAGUUCAAGUAUGUGUACAUGGACGGGGAAGAGGCCUUGCCGCGGCGCAUGGGGGUCGACAUCGACCUUGGAAACGGGGUUGGCGUGCCGGCGUUGGCGAUCAUCGACGCCGAUAAUGGGGCCUUUUACUUCUACCCCCCAGAGCGGCCCCUCAGCCAGGGGGCCAUUGAGGAGUUUCUGCUCUCGUCUCGGGGGGGUACGCUGCAGCCCAAUCUGAGGUCUGAGCGGGCCCCCUGGCUGCCCCCCCGGUUGCGCAAGGGCGCGAGGGCGGCGUUUCCUCUCCCCCCCGUUUCGGCGGCGGACUUCUCAGCGCGUGUGUUUGGGCAGCCUGCAAAACGGACAGCAAGUGCAGAAAGCGUUGAAAGUCGCGGGGAGGGGGAUCUGGAAGGGGCGUCCGAGAGCGAGUCUAAUCGUGACCAAGGGAGGGGGAGGAGGCCGGAUAGAGGUGCCGUAAAACCUUGGAGCCUUUUCACCCUUUUUGCCCGAAGACAAGAUUCUGCCGGCAGUGCGCCGGUGACCAGCCCCCCCGGAAUUAAGACCAGGAGCGCGGGGCCUACCGGGGGGGGCUUUUUGCACUCGGAUGCUCUCCCCGGACCGAGCAGCCUGGUUCUUUUUACAACGAACUGGUGCGGCUUCUGUCAGCGUGCUGAGGUGGUCCUCCAAGAAGUCGCCCUUUUGGUUGAGUCGGGGCAAAAACUCGGUGUGAGUGGAACGGCAGGGAGCGCAGGGGCUGGGGUUUUGACACCAAAGCGAAGUGGGGCGUCGGAAGCAGGAGUGCUUGGGGAAGAGGGAAGGGCGAAGGAGUCGAUGCGGCUACGGGUGUUUCGGAUGGACUGCGACGAGAACGAUUGUGCGACUGUGACUGGGCUUCAGAUUCUCGAGUACCCAUCGCUGGUGCUCUUCGCAGCUGGCAACGAAACUGCACCGGCGAUCUAUAGGGGCUCCUUCGUCGUCCAGGACAUUCUUACAUUCUUGAGUCGAAACAAAACCCCUAUCGGAAAGCAGAAGUUGAGACGAUAAUGAGAAUCUUCAACCAUCAUAUAAUAUGGUCCGUUUGAAAACUCUGAGCCUGCCAUGCAGCAUGCUCAAUCAUGCCUCCUGGGUAUGUGAUCUUCGUGCA